AUGUCAUAUCCAACAAGACCGAUCUCCUCGCAUAUGCGCGCCCCGAGCGCCUCUUCCUCAUCAGCCGGACAAUCGCCAGCCUUGUUAGCUCGCAUUGAAGAAAAAAAGGCCGAACUCGAAAACCUCAAAGAGCUCCGGGAGCUCAGUGCGGCGGUUGCAACUCAGAUGGAAGCUUUGGAGCAGAGGCUUUCGACACUCUCUGAUGGAACAGAAGCAAUUGCUGCGGUUGUUGGAAACUGGCAUAAUGUGCUGCGUGCCAUCAACAUGGCUUCCUCGAAACUGGCCAAGACGGCAGCAGAUCCUACACAAGCACCUGAAGAUUCGACAGGGCCACUCCCUCAAACACUAGUCCGGAUUCCAACAGAACAUGCACCAGCGCUACAGGCUCAGGCAGAAGCCGCUGAGGCUGCCGCUGAGGAAGAGGAAUCAUGA